CCUCCUGAGACCCAACAAUUCAUUUUUGUCCUCCGUGGGGGACAGGAGUCUGAUACCUCUAAGUCAAGCACAAUUAAUGCAAUCUUUUUGGGUCCUACUGUGCUGUCAAGAGGACAUCCUGGGCUUUCUAGUGAUGCCACAGUUGUGGGGGUGUGGCUAACAGAGCACACAGACUUUCUUUUCAAAAUGGCAGCCAUUGCAGCUUCCACAUUUUAUGGCACCAAGGGAGUUUCAACCCUGUUGUGGAGGAGAACACUGUGCAAGACAAUGCUGGCCACAACCACCAAGACUGGAGGCCCUCUGAUUACUUCAAACAGUACAUAGAUAACCAGGUUUUUGAGAAAAUGUCAGAACACACAAACCAGCGGGAGGUGCUCAUCUCUGGAGGCAGCCUUAAAACCACUCCAGAGGAGCUGAAAACCUUCUUUGGCAUAUCUAUGUACAUGGCAUGCCUCGGAUACCCUAGGAUCCGGAUGUACUGGGCAGCGAAGACGAGGGUCCCAGUCAUAGCCAAUUCAAUGAGUCGAGACAGAUUCUUCAAGAUUAGGCAGUCCAUCAAACUCACAAAUGAUCUUGAUGUCUCUGCAGAGGAGAAAAAGAAUGAUCCCCUCUGGAAGGUAAGACCUCUCUUAAACAGAGUGCAACAAGGCUGCCUCAAUCUGCCAAGACCAGGGAAGGCCUGUGUAGAUGAGCAGAUGAUACCCUUCACAGGUCGGUGUCCUGUACGGCAGUUUGUGCCAGGGAAACCAAAUCCCACAGGACUGAAAGCAUUUGUGCUUGCCAGUCCCAAUGGUCUGGUGCUGGAUUUUGAAGUUUACAAGGGCCGGAAUACGUUCACUGACCAGCAGCUGGGAAUCGGAGGGAAUGCAGUCGCUCGGAUGGCACAGUCUCUUCCAAGAGGAACACACCUGUACUUUGACAGAUAUUUCACUUCUAUCAAAGUACUGGAUAUGUUGAAAGCAAAUGGUCUCCUGGGAACAGGGACCAUUAUGAAAAAUAGAAUCCCUGCACUGUGCAAGUCAAAGAUGUCAGAUGACACCAAACUAAAAAAACAAGGAAAAGGUGCAUCCGAAAUGGUUGUCAGAAAACCAUUAGAGGUUGCAGUGACGAAGUGGCAGGACAAUAAGGCAAUUCUGAUGGCCUCCAGUGUCCAUGGGAUAGAGCCCCAGGACAGCUGCCUGAGAUGGUCAGCAAAAGAGAAGUGCCAUGUAACUGUGCCUAGACCUGCUGUUGUGGCUGAGUACAACAAAAAUAUGGGUGGAGUUGAUUUGUGCGACCGCAUGAUCAGCUUUUACCCAAUGUCAAGCCGCACAAGAAAAUGGACCAUCCGUACGGUCCUGCAUUUCUUUGACCUGGCGGCCACAAACAGCUGGAUCGAGUACAGGUCAGACCACCAGGUCUCUGGGAGACCAGAGAAGGAGAGACUUCAGUAUUUUGACUUCAAGCUGCUGCUGGCUGAAGAAAUGAUUGCUCAGGCACAGAGUAGUCAAGGUCAACAGGUUCACAAGAUGGCCAGUGAUGAUGAGAUGAGCACUGAUGAUGAAGAGUACAUUCCAGCAAAGAAGAAGAGGCCUGUUGAACCACAGCCCAGUGAUGAUGUCAAAAAAUAUGGGGCGCUCCAUUUGCCAAAGAUGGUAGAGGCAGUACAUGCAUCACGGUGCAGGAGAGAAGGAUGCAAAGGGAAAACAUUCAUCAAGUGUAUUAAAUGUAACAUGUUUUUGUGUGUUUCAAAGACAAAAAACUGCUUCCUGUUGUACCAUGCAUGAUCUGUUUAGUGCCGUGUAUGACAACCCAGCUUUAGGUGACUAUCAAGUGUGCGGAAUGCAGUUUAAUCAAAAAGCUCCACUAGGAGAUUUAAUUCCUAAAAUAAUGUUUUAGUGUUCAUAUGUGCUUCCUUCAUCUAACUGUUCAGUUCAUGAAUCGGUUCAUGUUUUGACUCAGUUCAUGAAAAAAGAAAUUUUAACAGAAAUCUGCGUGAAAAUGAAUACGUUACAUUCAUUACAUUCUGUGAUCAAAAAAGACCUGAUGUCCACUUCAAGGGACAGAUGAUAAAAAAUAAAUAAAUAAAAUUUUUGAAAUUUUUUUUGCUGUAACAUGUUUCUUUCAACCACAAUACUUAAAUUAUCUAAA